CUGGUUUCACUGGUGCAGGGGAGCGGACUGAACCUGCAGCAUGGAGCGCUAACAGCACAUUUAAACUCAGGAGAACAUUUCCCUUCAUGUGCUGAAGAAAUCUGCUCACCCAGUCAACAGGUAAGAUGGAGAAGGAUUCCUCAUCAACGCCCACUCCUGUCAAAACUCAGGGGUCAUGCUCUGUCGAGGAUGCACCCUCUCAUCCCUCCACCGUACAGAUGCCUCCCCCAACUGUCCCCAAUUACCUCUCUGCCACACCCAAAUCUCCAGCCUCCACAGAAACAAAGACAGAACCCAACAAACCCUCAUAUUCUUCACCACAAACAGCUCACGUCAUGUCGAAAUCAACAGCCUCCCCUCCUCCUGCUGAAGGGUCAAAGCCUUCGUCUUCUACUGUGUCCAAACCUGCCUCUAAAACUGUCUCCACCAACCCAUCCUCUAGCACUCCAAACAAAACACCCCUCGUCACUUCUCUUAACCACUCUACCCCUCAAAUCUCCAAAAUGUCCCCCGUGUCCAAACUCGCCUCUCCCUCCAUUGCUUCAGCGGAUGUGACCUGUACGACUGUGACAGAUUCCCCUCCAUCGUCCUCCAGCACUGCUUCCACCGCCCCAAUAAAACGCACCUUUGUCUCCAUGGCCAAGAUGGUCAUAUUACAGGAAAAACUCAGGAAAGCAGACAAAGAGGAUGCUGAUGAAGAUGAGGAGGAACUGGAGGAGGAUUUGUCCCUGGAGCAGAUGGAGGAGAAGGGCAAAGCUGGUGAUGCACGAGCUCAGACCCGGCUCGGUCAGCACUUCUUGAUUCUUGCUGAAGAGAAGGACACUGAGCUGAAUAAUCUGCUGGCUGUUAAUUGGCUGAUUCAAGCAGCUAAACAGGGAAGAAAAGGUGCAGCGAAAUUACUGCAGCGCUGCUGGAUCGAGAAAAAAGGAAUCACUCCAGAGAAUGAAGCUGAUGUGCGCAAGUUGUCAACAGAGAGUAGGUUUGAACUGGCUGUACGCAAAGCAGCCAUGAUGAUGUACUUCAAGCUCAACCCAGAGAGGAAGAAGAAGGUGGCUGUGGCUGAGAUGCUGGAAAAUAUCGGCCAGGUCAAUGCAGCGCCAGGUGGCAUUGCAAGCAGGAUUCCUGGGCCAACCUCAGGCCAGACCCAGAAAGUGUUGGAAAACAUGGUCAGUAAUGAGUCUAAUCAGUUGGUGGAUCUGGAUGGCUUUGUUGAGAUGACAAAAAAGUACGCACAAGGUAUCGCCCCCUCUGCACCGCAAAGAGACAUACAGGCCACAGCCAAGAAUGAAAGCCCUGCACCUGAUGAUCAUGGAGGAGAGCAGAAGACUGAGAUGGUUCCAUCAGGAUGCAAGAGGCCGCACAAAGGUUCUUGGAGUUUUGGUCGAGGUGGGAUGAUGAUGAACACUAGGAGGACUGGGGCCAUAAAAAGAGCCUUGGACAUGAAAUCACGGUUGAUGAUGCUGCAGUACCCGCUGCACACCAUCAUGGAUGUGAAGGAGAACCUGGUGGACUGGGCGUCGCGGGCCGGCGUCCAGUGGCUGAGCACCGUCAUCCCCACGCAGCACGUCAACGCCCUCAUUUUCUUCUUCAUCAUCAGCAACCUGACAGUCGACCUGUUUGCUUUCGUCAUCCCUCUGCUCGUCUUCUACCUCUCCUUCAUCUCCAUGAUCAUCUGCACGCUGCGUGUUUUUCAGAGCAGCAAGACUUGGGAGAACUUCAGAGCGCUGACAUCUUUACUGACGCGUUUUGAACCGGGGCUGGAUGUGGAGCAGGCAGAGACCAACUUCGGCUGGAACAACCUGGAGCCUUAUCUCUAUUUUAUCAUCUCUGUCUUCUUUGUCAUCUUCUCCUUUCCUGUAGCUGACAAAGGCUGGAUCCCCUGUUCUGAGCUCUCCACUGUGGCCAUCUUCUUCACCGCCAUCAGCUACAAGAGCCUCAGCCCCACUGCUGCCAUGUACGCACGCCGAGCGAUGGUCAUAGAGGUAGCAUCAUCUCUGUGUUGCUUGACCCAGUUCCUGCCAGAGAACACGGUGCUACGGUUUCUGGGACACACCUUCGCCACUCUGCCACUAGGGGAAUCGGUGGUGCUGAAGCUCAGUCUCCCCUGCCUGCUCUACGUUUACCUGUUCUACCUGUUCUUCAGCAUGGCAAGGAUGCGUGGUUUCCGGGGGACGUACUGCUUCUUGGUUCCUUACCUUGUGUGCUUCAUGUGGUGUGAGUUCUCCGUGGUUCUCCUCCAGAGUUCCUCCGCUGUGGGUCUGAUCCGCACCUGCGUGGCCUACUUCCUCUUCCUGUUCGCGCUGCCUGUUCUGGCGUUUGGCCUCGCCAUCAUGAUCCUCAUCCAGCUCUUCAAGUGGUUCCUGGAGCUGGAACUGACGAAGAUGAUCGUGACCCUGGUCGUAUGUGCGAUCCCUGUCGCCCUGCGACUCUGGACACGAUUCAGCAUGUCCAUUUUGGACGUGUUCCGUUCACUAACCCAGCGUGGCCCAGUCAAGCUCAUCUUACUCUGUAUCUCCAUGGUGAUCCUGUUCUUCUCCAUCUAUGUGUACCAUGCAGAGGGACAGAAGGUGUAUAACUCCACGAUGACUUGGAACCAGUACAGCCAAGUGUGCGGGCCCCCUGCCUGGGAAACCAAAGGCAUGGCCCAGACGCAGAUCUUCUGUAGCCACCUUCAUGGACACAGGAUCACGUGGGCUGGACGUUUCAAGCACGUCCGCGUGGCAGAGACAGAGAAUGGGGCACAGUCUGUCAUAAACAUGUUGCCGGUGUUCAUGGGAGACUGGCUGCGCUGCCUUUACGGAGAGACGUAUCCAAAAUGUGAUCCAAAGAACGCUACGGUCGCAAACCUAACAGCUUCAGCCGUUUCCGGAUCUGCCCCUCUCUCACUGCCCAUCCUGCUGCGAAUGCAAGAAGAAGAAGAGCUGUGUCAGAUCAAGGCUCUGGCCAAAAACACCUGCCAUGUGAAGCGCUUCGACAGCUACAGAUUUGAGGUGACGGUCGGUAUGAUCCGUGACGGGAGCAUGGACGACCCAGCCAGGGAUAUAAUCUUGAUGGCCAGCAGUGAGUUCCGACAGGUUCUGCUCAAUCUCAACCCCGGUAACAUGGUGGAGUUCAGCACCAAGCUGGAGGGUCGUCUCGGAGCCAGAGCCCCGGCCUUUGAGCUGAAGGCCAUCCACUGUCUGGACUGUGUUUCCUCGCUGUUAAGUGGAGGCAGGCAGGUGAAGAUAGAGAGAGACUGGAGACGCACGACGAUGAGAGCGCUGAAGUUUGCCUUUGAUUUUUUCUUCUCUCCUUUCCUGUCCGCAAAAAUCACUGCCUGAGGAGAGAGACAUCAGAAAUCAUUUGCUCUUCACAGAGUAAUUUUCUGACAAUCAUGUCACUGAUGCAAUUUACUGUAGGAUUGUUUACAAACUGAUCUAACCAAGAUAUACCAUCAUUUCAAGAAGAUGAAAUAGUAUUUUGAUAUUUCUGAUAGUAUUUUCUAGGGCUGGGCAAUAUGGUCAAAUUUGAUCAAUAACAGUCAAUUUUGAUAUCAGUAUAUAUCAAUAAUAACAAAUAUGAAUGAAAAUUGCCCAGUCCCACUACUUCCUGUGAGUGCAAGUGUAAGUUUAGAAAUAUUUUAUUAUUUCCGAAUGGUCUGAUGCCAACAUUCAGUUAGAGGCAAACUUUCAAAGUUCAUUUUUUAUUUUUAACACUUAAAAGAAAAGUAUAUUUUAUAGAGCAAUGUUCCUGCUGUGUUUGUAUUUAGUAUUUUCUUACAUGUAUUGUGAAUAAGUGUGCAUGUACAGUAUGUAUUUACAUGUAUGUCCAUACAUUAGCACAGUUUUAUGUUUACUGAUUUAUUUAAAGGUGUUGCAUAAUAUUGGUUGUGUGCAAACCAUGUGAAGCUUUGUUUUACAUCCUAUGUGGUCUUAACACGUUCUGCUCUUAAUCUUUAGUUUAAUUAUUGAUCAGAUUUUCCUUUGCCCUAAACCACAGUGCACUUAAUAUCAUUAGUCAAAACAUUGAUCCAGUUUUUUAUGUUUUCAGUGAUGACUGUUUAUGGUCAAACUUCUGCAGCUUUAGUCUCAGUUUCAUGUUUGUUACACACUCAUAAAAGAUGUGAAGGUUUAUUUUUGCUAAGUGGGAGCAGGGGACUUCUAAAUGUGAUGUCUUACAGCAGACAUGCCAACAACAAAAUUGACAUUUUAUGGAAUUUAUUUGUCAAUCUCAGGAGCCAGUUGGCCUUUUGUUUUCAUAGCACUGGAGGGCUUUAGAUUGCUCUGAUGUCAUGAAACGUUAGUGAAAACAUAUUUCACAGUUUUUAACUCUGGUUUCUGUCACUUUCCAGUGGAAAUUCAAUUCUCCUACUUAGGCAAAAUAAACCGUGUAAGAAGAUGUUACUAAAAUCAGAUUAUGAAAAAUGCAUUGUGUGAAUGGGGCUGUUUUUAUCAGUGCAUGGAAACCCAUAUAUGUGAACAACAAUUACUGAGGUUGAGCCUGUAUACUGUCAUUUGAGUGUCUGUUUAUCUAGUGAUGGAGUGUGUGGGGGUGUGC